CCCCCCCUACUCUCCGUGCCAGAGUGGACUCGCCCCCUCAUCCUUCACUUAAACGCAACGCGUUUCGUCGUUACAGAGGCGACGCGAUGGCGGCCAUGCAGCCCCAGCACUGGAACGUCGGCAAUCAGGCGGCGCAAGCGGCGCAGUGGGCGCAGCAAUACAAUGCAGCAGGGUCCCACGUGGAGGGCAUGGGCUCACAGGGCCCACAGCCCCCCAAGGAGACGCCAGAGUGGGAGAAGGCGAGACAGGCGUUGGCGAGCAUCCAGAAGGAAAUCUCCUCUCCGGUGUCAUCUGGCAAGAAGAGCCAGCAGAAAAAUAUUUCCACUCAGCAGCAGCAACAGCAGCAGCAACAACACGAUGACGCAACAGCAGCUGCUGCAGCCAACAACCAGCAGAUGUAUCCGUGGUAUUCGUACGGCUAUGGAUACAGCGUACCACCUGCGUACAACUACUACAACCAAUACCAAAUGGGCAUGUACGGGAUGUACCCCCAGUCACCUGGGCAGUAUAUGAUGCAACCAGGCUACCAUCAGCAGCCUCUACAGACGGAGGAUCAGACUCAGGCGCCCGUUCAGGAGCCGGCGAGUGGCACCGUCCUGGGCCAGCCCCACCAGCCACAGCCUCCACCGCUCCCGCCCCCUCCCCAGCCUCCCAAGCCCAUGCAGCCGCAUGUGCAGACGCAUCCGGCAAUACAGUCGCACCAGCAGCUAAUGCAGCAGCAGGCCAUGCAGCAUCAACAACAGCAGAACAUGCAUCAACAACAGCAGACCAUGCAGCAUCAACAACAGCAGAGCAUGCAGCAUCAACAGCAGAGCAUGCAGCAACGGCAGCAGCAGAGCAUGCAACAACAGCAUCAGCAGCAACAUCAGCAGCCAAGGAUGCCCUAUACAGAAGCGAUUAAAAGCAAGGGGCCGCAGCUGUGGCAGAAAAAACAGGCUCCCGGUGCAGGGAAUCUCAAGUUUAACAUCCCCAAGCGACCGCUCAUCACCAGUAACAGUCAGUUCAACCUGGGGCCCCAGCCGACUGCAGAGCCACCAAAACCAAGUCCUGCACAACAACCGAUGCCGACCGAGACUCCCAAGGCCCUGCCGAGGCCGGGCGACUGGCCCAAGGCCAUGAAGGCCUACGUGGAGCGCUGCUUUGCCACGUGCGAGACGGAGGAGGACAAGGAUCGCACGGAGCGGCUGCUGAAGGAACUGCUCACGGCGCGGCUCAACGAUGGCUCGGCGUACACCAUCGACUGGACCAAGGAGGCGCUGCCCAACCACAACAGAGACGCGAGCGAGCGGUCGCCACGCAAGGCAUCGCGCUGGAUGGACACCAUGCCAGCGUCCUCGGGCACACCAUCGUUGAUGGCGGCGAUGACGCCCCGGAUUCCGACGCCAUCAACCUCCUCUCAGACCGUGCCAACCGGGACCCCGUCCGCGCCAGCCGCCAACAGCCGUAGCCGCACGGUGAUGGCAUCCACCACCAGCUCCUCCCCGGCGAUGGCGGCGGCCGCCAACGGAUACCGCAACAAAUUCGGCUACCGCAACGUCUUCCGCUCGCGCUGCAGCUCCUCCUCGAGCUCGGGCUCCAAGUCGCGCUCACGGUCGCGCACACCGCAACGCCGGCGUCGGCGCAGUGACAGCUCGAGCAGCUCGCGCUCCAACAGCAGCAGCCACUCGGAGAAGUGCCGCGUGCCGCAGCGGCAACUACAGAUGAACCGAGGCAGGAGCCGCGGCAGAGGACGCAUGCAGCGCAAUGCGCGGAGGGAGAAGGCCGCAGCGGCGGAGUUUGGGGGCGUGUUCGGCAAGAAGCGCAACCGCAAGGGUGACCUGAGCGGCAUGCGGUUUGUGGUGGACGACCCGGACCGCGAUGGCAAGCGCCAGCGCCGUGCCGCGCGCUUCCAGUGGCAGGGCGGCCCCACUCCCAGGCGGCUGCGCUCGGAGCCGCUCGUGCUGCAGAUCAACAGCCUGGAGAGCGGCGUGCCCGAAUCUCUUGACUGGGACGAGCUCAAGAUCGUCGGCACCUGCUCCGACAUCACCAAGCCCUACCUGCGCCUCACCUGUGCGCCUGACCCCUCUGUAGUGCGCCCCAUCGUGGUGCUGAGAAAAUCUCUGACGAUGGUGAAAGCGCACUGGAAGGCGAAUCAAGAUUACCACUUCGCCUGUGAGCAGAUGAAGUCCAUUCGGCAAGACCUAACGGUCCAGGGGGUGCGGACGGAGUUCACGGUGGAGGUGUACGAGACACACGCCCGCAUCGCGCUCGAGAAGGGAGACCGCGAGGAGUUCAACCAGUGUCAGGCGCAGCUCAAGUCCCUGUACAACGAGAAUCUGCCUGGAAACCUGGGCGAGUUCACCGCCUACCGCAUCCUCUACUACAUCUACACCAAGAACUCUGGAGAUCUCACCACCGCGCUGGCGCAGCUGCCUAAAGAGCUGAAGGACGAUUCGUGCGUGGAGCAUGCGCUAUCUCUGCGUGCCGCCUGGGCCCUGAACAACUACCACAGGUUUUUCAGACUGUACAGGACUGCCCCGCUAAUGUCCAGCUACCUCAUCGACCUCUUUCUGGAGAGGGAGCGCAAGGCGGCCCUCAAGUCCAUUAUAAAAACUUUCCGCCCCACAGUCCCCGUGCAGUUUGUGCAGUCAGAGCUGGCAUUCGAUAGCGAAGAGGAUUGUCGCGCUUUCUUAGAUUCCCUAGAAGUGAGCUACCUGGCCAACGAUCUGAGCAAGGUCGACUGCAAGCAGAGCAUGUCUGUCUUGCAGAGCACGUGACAAGCGUCGAGCUGCACGCUGUCCUAACUUCGCCCCUGUCCCCCCGUGGCAUGCCAUCAUGCCACCCUCCAAAUGUUUGCGAGCAAGGGGAGCAUUACGAAAAGGCUGAUGUUAGAAAAAACGCAUCGGUCUUGGGGAUCCCCCCCCCCCCGCUCUGCACUGCGUCAGUCAGCCUUCCGUGGCUGGCGUGCUGGCUGGAUUGUCGGCUUGCUAUUGCUGUGCAAGGGCCGAGCAAUUGAUGGUUGUGAUUGAAAAAUUACUUCCUGGUCAAUGAUGAAAUCAUCUACAAAUACUUUAACAUAGCAUUUGAUAAAAUUAGUAAUUGGCUAUACCCAAAAGCCAUUUAAAUCAAAUGCAAGGUGGCAGAAUCUCUUGACAAGAUACUUGCCUCUUCGCUGUGCCAAAAACAAGCAUUAGUAAAUUGGAGUCGACUUACCGUAAAGGCAUUUGGUGUGUGGGUGUGUUUUUGAAACCAGAAUGCAGUUCAUGAGUAAAUCAAGUACAGCUCUACCCGCUUAUUUAAUGCUGCUUGUAAACACUGCUAUUGACCUGUCUGUGCGUUGUGAGCUUGUCCGAAGCAGGGUUUGUUGGGCCUGCAGCCUCUGCCUAGCACCUGCAGCAAAUGUAAUGAGAUGCAAAGCCAUCGACCAAACCCAAAAAUACCAAGCUGCUUCAUCAACCCCUGUGGACUUUCUCCUAAGAACUUUCGUAGUUGCUGCCGGUGCCGAAAUGUUUCCCUCCUACACGUCGUCUUGGCUGUCGCCUGCCCAGCUGCCCUGCCGCGGAUCCACUAAAGUUGCCUCAUUGCUUGAGGUGGUUGCCUGGGGCUCGCUCUGGGCUGAGGUGGUGCAGAGGUGUUGGGUCCAGAGUCCAGGUCUGCUGUGGUGGUUGGAGGGGGGGGGGGUGUUCUUGAAGAAUUGAGGGGCACUUGAGCUUGAUGUCCCAGUCUUCAUUGCACAGUUUCUGGUUAUUGCACCAAUUGUAACUUAAGGAAUGUACAUAGAUUCUAACUUUGUAUAAUUAUAGAUGUCGGUGAUAUUUUGUAAGUGGGUGACAAGGGAUGGGAGUCACAUGUUUUUAUUAUUUUUGUUUAAAUUGUAUUGGUUUUGUCUUAUUUGUCUCCGGUUAAGUUAUGAAGUUUCGUCAAGACCAGGUAAAAGUCAAAUUCUGCUUUCAAAAAAACUUCGCUAUCUGCAAUACUUUUGUUUUUACAGGGUGCCGAAUGUAUAUAUGUAUGCACUGUACUUUUUAGUUGUGAAAUAAACCAUUGAACAGUG